UUUGUAGCCGCAGUCUUUACGCUUCCGCUGAUCGUCUCAGCACCACUUCAAAGCCAGCCAUGAUCCGCGCCGUCGUGUUCCUUGCCUUGGCCUCCUAUGCCUCCGCUGCCGGAAGCCUUGGCUAUGGCCUAGGUCUUACUCACUAUGGCUUGGCUCAUGGCAUUGGCUACUCUGGAUUGACCGGAUAUGGACUCGGCUAUGCCCCUGCUGUCGCCCGCACGUAUGCCACAUACCACGCUGCUCCAGCCGUCGCCACUGUCCACCAUGCACCUGCUGUGGCCACGGUAGCUCACGCUGCUCCAGCCGUCGCCACGUACCACGCUGCUCCCGCAGUUGCCACCGUUGCCCACGCUGCGCCAGCCGUGGCUUAUGCCGCUCCGGCUGUUACUAGCGUUUACCGCUCGGCUCCAGUUGUGGCCGCCGCUCCAGCUGUCGCGACCGUUGCCCAUGCCGCUCCAGCUUACACAUAUGCCGCUGCUCCAGCCAUCACUAGCGUGUACCGCUCUGCUCCAGUCGUAGCCGCUGCUCCAGCUGUCACCACCGUUCAUCACGCUCCAGCCGUGACUUAUGCCGCUCCGGCUGUCGCCAGCGUGGUCCGCUCGGCUCCAGUUGUGGCUGCCGCUCCAGCUGUUGCCACUGUUGCCCACGCCGCUCCAGCCGUGACUUAUGCCGCUCCAGCUGUCACCAGCGUCGUCCGCUCUGCUCCAGUUGUGGCUGCCGCUCCAGCUGUUGCCACUGUUACCCACGCCGCUCCAGCCGUGACUUACGCUGCUCCGGCUGUCACCAGCGUCGUCCGCUCUGCUCCAGUUGUGGCUGCCGCACCCGCUGUUGCCACUGUUGCGCACGCCGCCCCAGCCGUCACCUACGCUGCUCCAGCUGUCACCGCUGUGCACGCCGCCCCAGCAGUUGCCACCGUUCACGCUGCUCCAGCCGUUGCCACUGUCCACCAUGCUCCGGCUGUCGCCACCAUUCACCACGCCGUCCCAGCUUACGGCUACGGAGUGAGCAGCCUUGGCUAUGGUGUUGGACACUACGGAUACGGCCAUGGUCUCCUUGGCUACGGUCUCAACUAUGGCUAUGGCCUUGGCUCUCCUCUCCAGUACAGUGCUCUCCUCCGCAAGAAGAAGUAAACAAGCUACAUAAGCAAAACAAUCUGGCAGAAUCUACACAGCAGGGAAUCUCAGCGUGGUGCGCUUCUUUAAAAGAUAGCACUCGUGUCUAUGAUCAAAUAAAAAGUUUUUCCUUUAUUC